AUGGGACGCUCGGGAUUGAGCGGUGCAGCAGAAGGUGGUCACAUAGACAUGGUCAAUUUUCUCCUGGAUAGAGGAGCUGAUCCGGCUGAGUCAGAUGCUUUGUCCGGAGCAGCUCUAGGGGGUCACAUAGAAAUUGUUAAGAUACUCCUGGAUAAGGGAGCCGACGUAAAUAAGUCAGAUGCUUUGUCCGGAGCAGCUGGAGGGGGUCACAUAGAAAUUGUUAAGAUACUCCUGGAUAAGGGAGCCGACGUAAAUAAGGCCUAUCCUUUGAUUCAAGCAGCAUCCAGAGGUCAUGAAGAUACCGUUCGGCUUCUUUUGAGAAAUGGAGCUGAUUGGAAUCAGCUGGAGGUUUUGAAAGAGGCAGUAGCAAAUGACAAAGCAAAUUUUCAAGAAAAACGGAUAUACGAGAGUCUAGAUCAGGAUCGGAUUGCCAUGAUCAAGAAGAGAUUAUCGUUAUCAUCGAAGACAGAUAUGCUACAGAUUAGCGAGGUCAAGGCGGAAGUAUCAUCAUCAUCGAAGUUACCCGUCAAAGCACAGAACGUGAAAGAAGUUGGCCACAAAGGAGUUGGAAAAUCCUGUUUUGUGAAACAAAUCCAGAAAGAAUACAUUCCGGAAGGUGGGCCUGCUCCAACAGACACCGCUGACUUUUAUGUUAAUUACUUAGCUUACGAUCCGAACAGCGGUUUCCGAAAGAAACUUGAUGAAAAUGGGGAAGAGGAGACUGGUCGGAUAAGAAUUAAAAGGAUCAUAGAUCGAUACCGAAAACAAGCGAAGUCUGAUAAAGAAUCUCCUGUAAGUGUGAUCUAUCUUCGGGACCAGGGUGUUAAAGAUCAACCAGCAUCUCUCGUCAAAGCAAAAGUGAGAAAUGAAGUCGCAUCAACGUCAUCAUCUGCCGCAAAAUCUGCACACGAACCAUCAUCUCCAUCUUCAUCGACAAAACCAGGUUAUAAUUUCUCUGUAAUUCCAAUAUAA